UUUCCGCCCUGCCGCAAAGUGUCGCGCUGUGCGGCUGGAGGCUGGUCUGGCGACGGCGGGCCGGGGCCGUGGGGCGGCGAGCCCCGCCGGGCGGAGAGCAGCCGCCAUGGGCGGCGGGCGGUGAUCCCCGCCCUGCCCCGCCUCGCUCCCCGCCGCGCCGGCAGCCGCCAUGGAGGAGGAGAGCAUGGAGGAGGAGGGCGGCGGCGGCGAGUCCAUGAUGGACGACCAGAACCACAACAACUGGGGCGCCGGCGGCGGCUACGGGCGGCACCUGCUUGGCCCCGCCGCGCCGCCGCUCGGUGACCGCCUCCUGCGGGGCGCCGCUGCCGCCGGGCCACCGGCCGGGCCGGAGCUCCCCGCCGGGCCCGAGGCUAACGGCCUGCUGCGGGGCUGCGAGGCGGGGGGCGCCGCGGGGAAGGGAGCAGCCGGGACCGGAGCCGGAGCCAUCGCCGCCGCCAUCAACAUCAACGCCUCGACCUCCAAGUUCCUAAUGAAUGUUAUAACAAUUGAAGACUAUAAGAGCACAUAUUGGCCAAAGUUGGAUAGUGCCAUAGAUCAGCUUUUAACUCAGAGUCCUGGUGACUACAUCCCUAUCUCCUAUGAACAAAUAUACAGUUGUGUGUAUAAGUGUGUAUGCCAGCAGCAUUCGGAACAGAUGUAUAGUGACCUAAUAAAAAAGAUAACUAACCACUUAGAGAGAGUCUCAAAGGAGCUGCAGGCCAGCCCUCCAGAUCUCUAUAUUGAAAGAUUUAACGUAGCUCUUGGACAGUAUAUGGGAGCAUUGCAGAGCAUUGUGCCUCUUUUCAUAUAUAUGAAUAAAUUUUACAUAGAAACCAAGCUUAACAGAGACUUAAAAGAUGACCUUAUAAAGCUGUUUACGGAACAUGUUGCAGAAAAGCACAUUUACAACCUAAUGCCUUUACUUUUGGAAGCUCAGUCAACGCCGUUUCAAAUAACUCCUUCAACCAUGGCAAAUAUCGUGAAAGGCCUGUAUACACUACGACCAGAAUGGGUACAGAUGGCACCAGCUUUAUUUUCUAAAUUCAUCCCAAAUAUUCUACCCCCUGCUGUGGAAUCUGAGCUUCAGGAAUAUGCUGCUCAAGACCAGAAACUUCAAAGAGAGCUUAUGCAGAAUGGAUUUACUAGAGGUGACCAGUCACGCAAGAGAGCUGGAGAAGAGCUAACUUACAAUGGCUCAUCAGCUUGUGCAAGCUCCAGGGGGUACAGAUAGUGAAUAUACUGGAUCAGCUUCUAUUCCUAGCCAGAACAGACACUGGAGGAGCACAGGUGGUAUCCGGAGCCUCCUUUGGCAACUGCUGAUACUUGAGCUCUGACGUGAACUAUGCCUCAAAGAAGAGUUUUGGACUUUCUUCUUUAUGUAAUAAAAUGUCAGUUGCUGCUACAAUUGGGAUGACUUUGAAAGACAUGGUUCCUUGGUCUGGCCUCUCAACAAAUUCAUGUUCUGUAAUUUUUGUGAGGAAUGCACCUUGAAAAACAAUCCUUUCAAAGUGGAAAUGGGCAGCCGAAAUCAGCAGCUUCCAAAAGUGUUAGAAUGGAAGAAUCUUUUUUGCACUCUUUUCUUAAGGACAUUCUUAAAACUAGUUAACACGUCAGUGUAUUAGUUUUUAAACUUCAAGGUAUUUUCUGGAGCUUUUACUUAAAUAACAAGAAUAAAGUUUCAUUAUUUUGCAGUAUUUGUUCAUUAGUUUAAAAAUUGUCACCUUUUAAGAGUUGGUCCCAUAUAAAUGUAUCUUCUGUCAGGGAGUUUUUAAUUCCAGAUUUUUCUUUUAUCUCUUCGGGUUUUUUUGUUAUUUGGUAUUUUGAAAUCUGUUUUCCUAUGUGUUUGUACUCUGUGCCUUCAGCUUGUGCACUUUGCAACUUUGUAGGCCAUAUUUUGUUAAUGCAAAAUGCGUUCUUGGGGGAAAAACUUGAUGUGAACAAACAUGCUGCAAAGCUGCACUUUUUUCUCUUGCAUUAAUGGGAGGUGAACUUAAGGAGGAAAAGUUGAACCUAUCACCAUCACUAAUAGUGACUUGGAAGUUUGUCCCCUUUUAAUUUUGUAUGUAUUAGUGUUUAAUGCUGGGACCAACUCUUGUAGAACCUCUCAUUGACUUCCAUUGGCUUCCAUAAUUGCAAUAGAUUGAGAUGUGAAUUCCAGACAGAAUGAAAUACUAAGAUGUGAUUAUGCUGUGCUAUGUAGAAAUAUUGUGGGCAAAAUUCUUCAGUCUAGUAGGUCUGCAAAGUGCAUCUUUGUCAGCACAAACCAGAUUUGCACCUGAUUGAUCAGCAAACGAUGGUACCUGUCCGAGAUCACUGUGGCUCCUGUGCCAUUUCUCCUGUUCCAGAGAUGCGAUGGGGGUGUGAUAGUGGAUGUUGUCAGAAUCAGGGAGUUGAGGAGUGGUGUAACGCAUGUGUGCCUACCUAUAGGCCUCCUGUUUCCAGAGUUGUGUAAACUCAGCUGGAGAUCCAGCAGAGCCCAGUUCCAGGAGAUCUGGACCUACAGUCUGAAUCCUAAUGAUUGUGACAUGGGUUUUAAUCUGUAGUAUGGCUAAUGCAAUUCUUUCAUGAGGGGAGAAACAUACUUGAAAAAGCAGUUCGACUACAGGGUUGUUGUUUUUUUAUUACUAUGAAUUUAUUUUUUAUCGCUUUUAGUUAUGAAGAGAAAUAAGUUGGUAAUAUAAAAUCUUUCUGAAGUGAAACAAAAGUUUGUUCAGUUUUGUCUUGUACAACUCUUAUGCCUGUUUAAAAAAAACACCCAACACACAAAACCAACGCAACCCCAUUUAUGCUUGCAUGAUUUCAUUACAAAAUGCAAGAAAAAAUAGAUGCGGCAGGGACAAAGUUUAUUUCUUUGUGUUUUGUAGCCAGACUUCUUCUAAAUUAAUGUAAUUCUAUCAGUUUCACAUCAGCCAUUUUGGCAAUGCUGUUAGUUUGGAAGGUAGGGGGGAAGAAUGAGGAUGAUGCUGCUGUGAUUGAUUCAAAUGUUUUACCUGUAUAUUUCUUUGCAUAUUUGCAAAGCCUGUUUUUAAUUUUGAGGAAGUUUUUCUUUAAAAUGAAUGCUUCAGUGUUUCGUUUUCUAUGUAGAACAAUACCAGCAGUCUAAUCUCGUCCCCAGUAGUGGAAAACCAAACCACUCUUGAGUAGGGAUUUUCAAGUGUUGAUAGUGUUUGCUUCAACUUUGCUACCAGCUACUUAUGUUGAAGCAGAGUUAGCAAAAACAGGAAUUUUGAAAUUUUUGCUGAAGUACACAGUGGAGAAGUUAAUGAAGGGUAAUAGGGAACAAAAUUAUUUGCUAGCUUCCAGAUUUUUAUCAGUUUUGGCUUUAAACAAAAAUAAAACCUCUGAUAGUGUCCUUAGCUUUAAAAAUCAUUGUUUGCAGAAAUGACAAUGUUCUUGAGUUAGGAGUAGAUGCAUUAACCUAAUUUGGUUAAAAUUUGUUUACAAUUUCAUUACCAUUCUACUUCAUGUAACACAGUAAUCAAGCUCUGUCAUCUUUGUCAAGUGAUCACAAUGCUUUUCUUAAAGUGGUUUUACUGGUUCAAGUUUGUAAAUAACAUGUAGUCCAUUUGCUUCAUGUUUGAGGCAAGGGUUCAGCAUUCAUUUUACAUUGCAUUAUGUUUGGGACACGAACUUCUACAAAAAUAACUCCAUCAAAAAGUAAAGCAUUGCUGUCGGCGUGGUUCACUUCGUAUGCACUGGGUAGUGCUUGGAUGCUUCUCAGUCCUGUGUAGCAUUCUCACUUGGCCACCAUACUCGAGAAAUCUGUUUGUUAAGCACUGUAUUAUGUUGUAAAUUUGGCAUUAAAAUUCCUGUGUGUUUUGGCAUUAUUAACAUAAUGCUGAAAUAUUGUUUAUCUGUCAAAGACGUUAUCAUUGUGACUGAGCAUGAAACCAAAUACAGCGUACUGUACUAAAUUAUUUUGUUUCUCUGUAAACUUGCAUUUUACUUACAGUAAAAUUAACACAGCCAACUUGA